AGAAUUACAAGGCCAUUCUGUAAGGUAGCUUGAAUUUUAGAUUUUCUUGCAACUUUAAAUUUUGGGACUUAGUUUUCUGCUCUGUGUUGUCCCCCUGGGAGCAGGAGAAGUAUGGGGGAAGAGAGUGACAAUGGGAUGUUUUUAGGGCAGGCUAAAUCUUGCAUCAGCAUCUUUGAAGUUUUUGCUCUUGCUCUAGGUAAUGUUUGUGUUCAGUUAGCAUCUGCAAGUGCAUUGUUGUUUGGCUUGCUUAAUUAAUUCCUUUUCUUUCCACAGCCGCAGAGCCUUGGCCUGAAAAUGCUGCGUUGUAUCAGCAACUGAAGGAGGAACAAAUUUUGCUUUCUGAUAAUGCAUCUUCCCUUGCUGUUCAGGCCUUUCUGCAAAUGUGCAAUCUGCCAAUCCGGGUGGUUUGCAGGGCAAAUGCUGAGUACAUGUCCCCAUCUGGCAAAGUACCCUUUAUUCAUGUGGGAAAUCAAGUAGUAUCAGAACUUGGGCCCAUAGUCCAGUUUGUAAAAGCCAAGGGCCAUUCUCUCAGUGAUGGGUUGGAUGAAGUCCAAAAAGCUGAGAUGAAAGCCUACAUGGAAUUAGUCAAUAAUAUGCUCUUGACAGCAGAGCUCUAUCUCCAAUGGUGUGAUGAUGUUACAGUAGAGGAGAUUACGCACCCAAGGUAUGGCUCCCCUUACCCAUGGCCUCUUAACCGCAUUUUGUCCUAUCAGAAGCAGUGGGAGGUAAGGCGAAAGAUGAAAGCCAUUGGAUGGGCUGGAAAGACGCUUGAACAGGUGCUUGAAGAUGUAGAUCAGUGUUGUCAGGCUCUCUCCCAGAGAUUAGGAACACAACCAUAUUUCUUCAAUAAGCAACCAACUGAAUUAGAUGCUCUGGUAUUUGGACAUCUGUUCACAAUCCUUACUACUCAAUUAACCACUGAUGAACUCUCUGAAAAAGUGAAAAACUACAGUAACCUUACAGCCUUUUGUCGGCGAAUAGAGCAGCAGUACUUUGAGGGUCAUGAUAAAGACAGCUCCACAACUGUUGCAGCCCGAUCUGCUAAGAGGUCCUUACUGAGAUAAACAUGUUGUGUGGUGGCUGGGGUGGAUUGCAUUUCAGUUUGGGGUUUUGUUGUUCAGUUAAUUGAUUUCUGAGGAUGAAAAUGUGUGUUAGCUUACUGAAGCUGCCAAAUCAUUCUGGAGCAAGAAAAAACUCUAAAUGCAGUUUUGCAUUGUAGAAUAUCCUGUGUGCAUUUAACCUGAAAUGACUGUAUGGGCACUUCCAUUUUCAUAGCCUGUAUGCCCCUUGCUCUGAAGUGACCUUGGAAAAAUAUUGUAUCUGUAUUAAAAAAAUAAAAUACUUGAAAAAAAGUUUCUCUUUGA